AUGCCUGGUAACACAAAACGGAUCAUGUCGUGGAUUUGGACUGCCCCGGGCGCUUUCGAUGAUGAGGAAGAGCAACUUCACACGACUAUGCGCGUGGAGUGGUGUCGAGCGAUGGCACGCAAAACACGAUGGAAUGAAGAAGUUAUGCUGCUGGAAGAAGAAAUGCGACGCACUCUUCGUUAUCUGCAAUGGCAAAUGGUUUUGCGUGCUUAUGCUGCUCGUUCUGCGGCGGCAAAGCGAGCAGGUGCUCACACAUUUUCAACUGAAAUGGGGUCGGAGCUCGAAGAAUAA